AGCAGCAACAGUCCAGCGUAGCAGCAGCAGCGGCAGCAGCAGAGGUCCUAGCAUGGCGCUCUGCGCGGCGGCUCGACUUCUCUCGUCUUCUUCGUGUUUCUCUCUCGCUUUGUUUUCCUUUCGUAUCUGACAGAGGUUUAUUUCUUCCUUCUACCAUAAGGCCUUCUGAAUGAAAGCUGUACCGGUGAGCCGGCGGGUUUUCUCAGGGUAACUCUCUCCCCUAAAGUGGGUAAAAUAUUCGGGGCUCGGCUGCUAACUUCGCGUUAGCAAGAAGGCAGAAAGUGGGAAAAGAAGCGAGCAGGAUCCAGUUCCAGGAGAGCUGAUGCAAAUGCCAUGGCAAUAGCCGAGGUAUGGCAGUGACGUGAAAACCCCCUGAUCCGCUUCUGAACAAAGACCUUAUCAGCAUUAUGCUCUUCUGAAGUGGAGGCUCAACACAGAGUAUGGAUGAGUCCAUUUUACUGGAUUUGCUUGAGUGCCCCGUAUGUCUGGAGCGGCUGGACGCCUCCGCCAAGGUCCUUCCCUGCCAGCACACUUUCUGCCGUCGAUGUCUCCAGGGCAUCCUGGGCUCGCGCGGCGAGCUGCGCUGCCCGGAGUGCCGGACGUUGGUGGAGUGCGCUGUGGACGAACUCCCCAGCAACAUCCUGUUGGUGCGUCUUUUGGAUGGCAUCAAGCAGAGACCUCAGAUGGCUGCCUCCGGCGGUGGCGUCUGCACAAACGGCACGUCGGGAGCCGUGGCCCGAGCACACGGAAGCGGGACCAGGGACCAGGUGACUCCAGGAGUGCAGCCUCAGCGCGCUCAGGCAAAGAGCACCGCUGUCCGAGGGGUGCCUCAGCUUCCUUGUGCCAAAGCACUGUAUAACUAUGACGGCAAGGAACCAGGAGACCUCAAAUUCAGCAAGGGCGACAUCAUCAUCCUGCGCCGGCAAGUAGAUGAGAACUGGUACCACGGGGAGAUGGGUGGAGUCCAUGGCUUUUUCCCCACUAACUUCGUCCAGGUCAUCAAGCCUCUGCCGCAGCCGCCGCCUCAGUGCAAAGCUCUCUACGACUUUGAGCUGAAAGACAAGGAGGCCGACAAGGACUGCCUGCCCUUCUCGAAGGAUGAUAUUCUGACUGUGAUCCGCAGAGUUGAUGAAAACUGGGCCGAGGGAAUGCUGGGAGAUAAAAUUGGAAUUUUCCCCAUCUCAUACGUGGAGUUCAACUCUGCAGCACGCCAGCUUAUAGAGUUGGACAAGCCAUCCGAUUCCAGUGGAGACUCCAUUGAAGGGGCCUCCCAGGGGCCCCAGAGCAAUGGCGCCCAGCGGCCAGGAGAGAAGAAGAACACUAAGAAACGGCAUUCCUUCACUUCUCUCACCAUGUCCCACAAACCCAUGCUAGCUCCUCCCCCCCAGCGCCACUCCAUGGAGAUUAGCGGGCCGGUCCUCAUCAGCUCCAGUAACCCCACCGCAGCGGCUCGGAUUGGAGAGAUCAGUGGCGGGCUUUCCUGCAGCGCACCUUCACAGGUACAUAUUUGCACGACGGGACUCAUUGUGACCCCACCCCCUAGCAGUCCAGUUACCACAGCAACAGUCUUCACGUUUCCUUCAGAGACGAGCUACACAUCCAUUGCAUUGGAUGCUCUGCCGCCACCCCCACCUCCUCCUCCUCAGUCCCCAGCCAGCGGAGCGUCGUAUUCCCUCGCUGCCGGACAGAGACCCUCCCCCAAUGUAAGCGACCAAAGUGGGAGACAGAGACCUACAGUCUAUGUGGCCAUGUUCCCAUAUACUCCCCGUAAGGAGGAUGAGCUGGAGCUGAGGAAAGGAGAGAUGUUUUUGGUGCUGGAACGCUGUCAGGACGGCUGGUUCAAGGGCACCUCGAUGCACACUGGAAAGAUCGGAGUCUUCCCUGGAAACUACAUGAGCCCAGUCAGCAGAACGGCGUCUGGGAGCAACCAACCCAAAGUACCCAUGAGUCUUUGCACUCAGGCUGGCAGAGGAGUCACCAUCGUCAGUCCUUCCUCUGCCUCCCUGGGGGCUGUUGUUCCAGGGCCUGAUUUCAACAAGCCCCCCCCUGCGUGCUCCACAGCUGCAUCAGCCUGCUCCCAACCUGCGGCUGUAACAUCGGCUCAGACAGCCACGGGCCAGCAGCCAAAAGUUCCCCUGCAUGUCAGCUCCCAGAUGACUGUGAAUCAGGCGCGCAACGCUGUCAGAACAGCUGCCUGUCACAGUCAGGACAGACCCACUGCAGCGGUGACGCCCAUCCAGUCUGUCACUUACCUCCCACACGCUGCCAUCUGCCCCCAGUCUGCAGCCAACGCUCAGGGCUGCAGCCGGGUAGGAGUCGCAGUGGGCUGCGCGGCCUCUUCUCUGACCCCGCCCAACGUCAGCGCCGCGUCUCUGGACGGCGACGCUUUGAGAUCCGUUCCUGUUGGGAGCAACGGCAUCCUCAAUCCCUCGUCCAACGGCGCUCUCGCCUGCAGGGUGGACAAAGAUGUCAAGAGGGAAAAGAAAAGUCUUCUGAAGCUGUUGUCCUCCAACAAGAAGAAGUCUCGCCCUUCACCACCCUCCUCUCCUACCCUGGAAGCGGAGCAGGCUGCAGCUGGAGAGGUGCUGCACGGUGCUGUGGGUCCCGACACCUCCCCUCCCUCUGGUUCAGUCAGCUGCCUGGAAGCUGAGCCUGCUGGUGUUGCUUCGUCAUCCUCAGUCCCAGAGUCCUCUCAUCGGAGGACCGCUCCUCUCGACGGAUGUGCUCCCAUCGCCCCUCCUCCUCGGCAGCCCUGCUCCUCUCUCUUAUCACAGCAACAUGACGCACGUCCCAUCAUAUGUGAGAGGUACAGGGUGGUGGUAUCGUAUCCCCCGCAGAGCGAGGCUGAGCUGGAACUGAAGGAAGGAGACAUUGUGUUUGUUCACAGGAAGAGGGAGGACGGCUGGUUCAAAGGCACGCUGCAGAGGAACGGCAGGACCGGCCUGUUCCCCGGCAGCUUUGUAGACAGCAUCUAACAGAGACGCAGCGAGCUGAGCUCUGACCCAUCGUCCCAACACUUAAAGCUGGAAUCAGCCGGAGCUGAGGACAAAAAGAAAUGGGCUUCAUUUUGUCAGUAAAAGCACAGUGGACAGAGUUGGAAAAGACCACACUACUCAUAAACCCUUUGUUUAUUUCUUGUUUAUUUAUAUAUUUGUAACUACUCAGCUGUUAAAUGUGUGCCUUGUACUGUUCCUCACUUUAUUGUACAGGAAACAACAACAACUGGUCCUGAAACCACCCUUGUGACCUGUUCUCUGAUCCAUUCACCUUUUAACUUAUUUCAUGUUGACUUUCCAUAAAGCUACACAUGAACAGAUGGGAUGGUUCGGGAUUUUUAAAGUGGAGUUCUGUUAAAAAGUUUUGCGUUGUUACUAACUGUUAGUGUCUUCAGGCAGGAUUAAUCUAGAUUAGUUGAGGGUAGCUGCUGGUCCGUGAGGGUCCAAAAAUCAAAGUCGUUUUAAAGAAACUCCAGCAGCUUUAAUGAGCCCCUUUUGUCCUCAUCGGGGACCUUUUAAGCUGUGGUCCCAUUUGAACAGGCUGAUUAGCUUCACAAACGCAAAGUGGUGUUCAUGUGUGAAACAAACAACAACUGUAUGCAAGACUGAAGAAGUGUUUGGAUAAACUGCUGUGACCCUUUUUUAAAUUGGGUUAUUUUGAGACACUAGACGUCCGCUUUGGUGAUGGCAUCACCUAUACGAGUCGUCAGCUUCAGCCUUCAGUUAACAUUUCAGUUAAUAUACGACCAUAGUUAUGUAACUACCUAAAACCUGCUAAUCAGAGUUUCUUAUAGUCAAUUUGUAAAAUUGGUUCUUUUAGGUUCUGAAUGAAUUAGGGACAUUUUUAAAACAUUUAGUCUGAUAGUUUAAAUCGUUUAAUAUAGAUUUGUGGUUCUAAGGCUGAGUCUAUCAGAGCUUUUAGUAUUUAA